GGAUACCGUGUGAUCAGCAUCAGCAGCACUGAAAGCGGAGGAACCGUUCAGCAAACAGCCGACCAGCACAGACAAAAUACAACCCAAACGAUGACCUUCCUACAGAUACGACAAAAGCAAACAAUUAUUUGACAACUUCCGACCGCACACCUUGCCUUCGCCGCUCCUUGCUGUAAGCGCCCCGCUCCAACUCUACAUCCUUUCCCCCCAGCCUCUCGGCCCUCCAGCAGGACCAUGAUGCUCAGCAGCUCUGUGGAGGUGCCCAGCCCGGGUGGGAUGAACGGUCUCAGCGGCCUCAGCGGUCUGAGCGCGGCGGCUCGUAACGUGGUGCGCUCCUCCAGCAUCUCGGGGACGAUGUACAACGUGGAGAAGAGUCCCAGCGGAGGGGCGGCGGACUCCACGUCUCUGGCUGGAAACAAGAAGCGGCGCUCCAGCCUCGGCGCCAAGAUGGUGGCCAUUGUGGGGUUGUCGCAGUGGAGCAAGAGCACACAGCAGCUCAACCAGCAAGAAGGUGGGACGAAGAAGCUUCGCAGCACCAUCCGACGGAGCACGGAGACCGGCAUCGCCGUGGAGAUGAGGAACCGAGUGACGCGGCAAGGAAGCAAGGACUCGACCGACGGCAGCACCAACUCCAACAGCUCCGAUGGAACGUUUGUCUUCCCUACAACACGCCUGGGCCCUGAGAGCCAGUUCAGUGACUUCCUGGAUGGACUCGGCCCCGCUCAGAUCGUAGGCCGGCAAACGUUAGCUACACCCCCCAUGGGCGAUGUCCAUGUAGGCAUGGUGGACAGAGGAGGGCAGCUGGAGGUGGAGGUCAACCAGGCCAGAAGGUUGACCCCUAAGUCGGGCUCCAAGAACACACCAGCUACCUACGUGAAGGUGUAUCUGCUGGAGAACGGCAUGUGCUUGGCCAAAAAGAAAACCAAAGUAGUGAAGAAGAAUCUGGACCCCACCUACCAGCAGGCUCUGUUGUUUGAUGAGAGUCCUCAGGGCAAAGUCCUACAAGUAAUCGUGUGGGGGGAUUACGGGCGUAUGGACCACAAGUGCUUCAUGGGAAUGGCCCAGAUCCUUCUGGAGGACCUGGACCUGUCUGCCACGGUCAGCGGCUGGUACAAGCUGUUCCCUACCUCCUCUCUGGCAGACCCCAGCAUCGGACCGCUCACCAGACGCCUCUCUCAGUCCAGCCUGGAGAGCGCCACCAGCCCCUCGUGCACCUAGACCCCCAGCAGACCCCCAGCAUACCCCCAGCAGAACCCCACAUGCAUGGGCACAGAGUCAUGCAGACACGGACACACGUACUGUAAAUACACAACGACUGUAUUCCAAGUGCAAGACAGGUAGACACAGACACACACACACACACAUAUAUAUAUAUAUACCCAUGUGCAUCUGUGCAGGAACACACAUAUAGGUGCAAAUACCUGAUCGCCAUAUCCUUCAGUACGUCCAUAAUCACACACACUGAUCAGUAUUUUAGUUGAGCAAAUCUAACUUGAAGUAGACUUAAUUUACCAGAACAUGUAGCAUUUCCCACCGUUCCCAUUUUCAACCUUUCCUACCAUGACUCAGAAAUUCUGCAUUCCCAGAUUUCAUCCCAGGCCCAUCCCAAUGCCAGUUUCUAAACUCUCUAUGCCAAACUAAGGGAAAAAACACUUUAUUUUUUAAAAACCAAAGCAAUUGUAAUGUUGUUAUGAUAACUAUAAGUCGUAGGUGAAAUAGUAUACAAUAUAAAGUAUGGAAAUGUAGCAGAGUCGAUGACUUAGAUGUAAUGCAAAAAAAACACACACAUUCUACACACACGAGCUGAGAGCGGCGGGCCACACACACACACCUGGGCAACAGGCUUGGAUAUUCACAUAAUGGCUAUUAUGUGAGGUAGCAACACUGCUAUUCUAUAAUUUUCACACGGCAGAGUUUAUAUAUAGAUAUAAAUAUAUCAUAUAUAUAUAUAAAUAGAUAGUUAUAUACUUAUUUGUGUUUAUGUAUGUAUGGGCUGCAUUCUGCAUGUUUGCUUGCAACCUUUUGUAGAGACAUUUUAAAGUGCUUCAAUAUGUUUGAUUUCGCUUGCCUCGGCCAAUGUAUCAGGAGCUGCUUUAUUUUGCAAUCCGAGAGAAAAAAGAGCACCGAGUUAGUGAGGAGGGUGGUGACGAGGGGGGGGGGGGGGGGCCGUCAUCACAAUCUGCAGGAGAAGAGAACAAAUUAUUCAGCCAGCUACUCAUUCGCUGAUGAACAAAAUGUAUGAUCCUGCCUUCAUCUUUAGAAAGGACUGUUGUACAGCACAAGGCAUUCUGGGAAAUGUGUCCAGCUCCAGUUUGGGGUUUCUUGUGUUCCACAUCCAGGGGGUGCCACUCUCUCUUUACCAGCAGCCAGACUGUCUGAACUUCCUGUUGAUUUCCCCCUUCUGAUGUUCCUAAUUGAUAAAGAGAAGGUGGUGAGCACACACAGCUGGUAACAACACACCCUUCCUCUCUUCGGUACACACACUCUGUCUCACUACAUGUUACUAAACCUGUUGUGAAUGUGUGAACGAUAUCUGACUGUUUAUGCCAGAGUUACUUUUCCAGCAGGUUGAUUGUUCACCUGUGCACCAGUUUCAUUCGCUUCAGAUGUCACUCUUCAAGAUGGCACUUUACUGUAAUAUUAUGUUUGAUUUACAUGCAGUGGUUGACCACCUGUUUAUUUAUUUUAUUUUAUUUGAUCAAACUCCAGUGUACAUCUUUGAAUCUAUUAAUUGCAUGCCAGCAUGGGCAGUUUUCCACAGAUUUUUGACUUAAAGGUCCCAUGUCAUGGCCAUUUCUACUGAUCAUAAUUCCAUUGUUGAGGUCUACUAGAAUAUAUUUAUAUUGUGCAAUUUUCCAAACUCACAUUGGUUUCUCAUACAGCAUCUCUGUAUAGUAUGUGUAUUCACUCUCUGUCCUAAACGGCUUG